ACUAAUCAGUAGAUAAUUAAAAUCAUCCUUCUAACUUGUUAUUAACCAACGAAACAAUUGAUUAUCAAAACAGAACCAAUUGUUUUACUAACAGUUUAAUCAACAAUUAACAUUUACCUUAAGAUUUUUAAUUGUGAAAACAAGAUGAAACUGAUUGAAUUGUUUAUCUGCUUCAAUUUUGUCAUCUUAAUUGUGAAUGGACACCGAAAAUUCAAAUUUAAUCCCGGUGAUUGGGAUAGACACAAGAUGAUACACAAUUUAAGUUAUCAUGAACCGAGGAAAGAAAAUUAUCACCGAAUUUCAUUUUUUUCAAACUUGGGACGAAUUUAUCAUCACAAUAUUCGAGCUGAUAAAGGAUAUGAAACCUACCGACUUGGAACUAAUCGUUACUCUGAUAUGGAAUUUUCAGAUUUCGCUCGAAGAAUGUUGAAUUAUAAGCCAACAACAGGGAAUGUGAGACAAUUGUAUCAUUACAACAACAACAAGAGAAAAUCGUCAAUCAAUGGAGCAAUUAAUCGACCACAAUCAAAUGAAUCACUUCAAUCACUUGAUUGGAGAGACAGUGGUUUUGUCGCAAGGGUGAAAAAUCAAGGGCUUUGUGGAUCAUGUUGGGCAUUUUCAGUGAUUGCGGCCAUAGAAAGUUCAACAGCAAUUGCCAGGAAUCGUUCAGUUGAGGAAUUGAGUGAACAAAAUUUAAUUGAUUGUUCGAAAAAAAAUUAUGGUUGUAAAGGUGGUCGUUUAGAUCUUGCUUUCCAAUUUGUUCUGGACAAUGGUGGAGUCGACACGGAAUCAUCUUAUCCAUACGAAGGCGAUACCAUAGGAGAAUGUCGUUUCAAUUCGUCAACUGUUGGAGCAGCAAUUCAGAGCUAUCGUUCAAUUUUGCCCAAGGCGGAAGAUGAUUUACUCGAUGCUGCCACAAACCAUGUUGUCUCAGCUGCUAUACAGGUAACACAAGGAUUCCAAUUGUACAGCGGAGGCAUUUUUGAUGAUCCUACUUGUUCCAAUAAUGAAGAGGAUCUUAAUCAUGCAAUUGCUAUAAUUGGAUUUGGCUCGUCCGGUGGUCAAGACUGGUGGUUGAUCAAAAACAGUUGGGGACCUACUUGGGGUGAAAAUGGUUAUGGUCGCAUAGCCCGAGGUAAAAAUACCUGUGGUAUCGCUUUUAAUGCCAUAUAUCCGGUUGUUUAAAUGGUUAUUAUUAUCAACACAAUUGUGUUAAUGGUUAGUAAUAAAUUUACCUUGAUUUUUGUUUAAUUAAUUGAUUGAUUUACCUUUGUUUUACUUAUACAUAGAAAGCUUUUGUUGUAACUUGUUUUGUUGAAUAAAAGUGGAAAAUUUUUUUUGUAA